AAAACCAAACAGCAAAACACUACCAGCAGCUUUUCCAGCCGAGGCAGAGCUUGUAGCAAAAAUGAUCUUAAGCUCGACUAAAGGUGGAUUUUAUUCCUUUUACUUUUGAAUUGUUAGAAUUUUGGAUUGUUUUUUUGUUUUUGUCAACAUGCAGACUCAGAUCGUUGGCUUGUGUUUGGCAAUCAUCGGCUUUCUUGGCACCAUCCUCAUCUGUGGGCUGCCCAUGUGGAAAGUGACGGCCUUCGUUGGGGCAAACAUCAUCACCUCUCAGAUCUUCUGGGAGGGUUUAUGGAUGAACUGUGUGAUCCAGAGCACGGGACAAUCACAAUGUAAAGCCUAUGACUCUGUUCUGGCUUUGCCACAGGACCUGCAGGCCUCUAGGGCUCUGAUCUGCGCCUCCAUUGGUGUCAGCGUGGUGGCCAUCGGGCUCACGGUGGUCGGGGCUCGCUGCACCAACUUCUUCCGUGACGACCGGCUGACCAAAACCAACGUUGGCCUGGCUGGAGGCGUUGUGUUUAUAAUAGCAGGGCUCCUGUGCAUUAUUCCAGUCAGCUGGUCGGCUCACACCAUCAUAACAGGUUUUUACAACCCUUUGCCAACAGAGUCAAGGAGGGGAGAACUCGGAGCUUCCAUAUAUGUGGGCUGGGCGUCCGGCGCUCUGCUUGUCAUCGGAGGAAGUGUGCUGUGUACCACCUACAGAUGCUGAAGAGAGAGGAGGGAACCACAGUGGAGUUCACAAUGCUGUGCAUCCAAACAAACUAAAUGUACAAUAAUUGUUUACUGUGAUUGACUUUAUUUAGAUUCAGGCUUUGAUUAAAGCUCUAAUUUCUUCAUUUAUUUCAAUACUAAUUGCACUAUGCUGAUGUUUUGCAAAAAAAAUAAGUUUCAUAUCUGUGAAAAAACAUGCAGCUUGUAACCCUAACUAUGAAUUGCAUGUCCAGGGCAUGUACUGUUUGUGUUUUUAAAGUGAACCAUAAAAAAUGAAGUCUGCUUGAGCUACGAGCUGCAUCAUAUGAUGUUACAGAAUGCUACAUGAAGGUUAUGUGAAGUGUUUUUAUAUGUAUAGUACAAAUUAUGAAUGCUGCAAGAAUACACGUUUUAGACUGUUGGUGUUUAAUCAUAAUCUUAGUGUUCUUUUUUUAACUGCCUGCGUAGUGAGGAAAUUUCUCAGAGUUUUACUUGUUGUUUUAUUGUAUGUCAGUGCCAGCAGAAAUUAAAUGGGACACAGCAAAUCAAUAAGCUAAAUAAAAAGUUAACUUUUCCAAUGAAAGUUGAAUUGUAGCGAAUGUCUCAGUUCAUGCUUACAAAGCUAUGCAGUUGCUGGCCAUGUCAAAAGGACAAAACUGUUCAUUUUUGUAAUUCUUUUUUUUAUGACAUACCAAUAAAUUCCCUUUGUAUAUUUCUUAUCUUUA